AUGUGGUGGAUGUACCAGCAUACUAUUGUGUCUGCCGCACUUGCCUGUGGUGUUCAUGUUGCGAUCAGAAGUCAUGUACAAGCUCUGUGGCAACUUUUGUAUUUUUCGCGCCGUUCUAACGAAGCUACAGCAAUCCCAGUAUUUUCCUUCCUUUUUUCGUUGACAUUAAACAGUGCUUACACUCAUACUGUAUUUAAUGGACCGCAAGCGCGUGGCUUUGCAUGAUAUUGCUUCUACAGCAGAACUCCGCCUGACGGGCGGGGCGAGGGCUGGCGUCUGUCACGUGAUGCGGCGCGCCAGCGGUGUCAAGUGUCCAUUCCGGCAGCCGACCAGCGGCAUUAGGGGCUGAACAACAACAAAUCACACCCCAUGAACAAACCCGCGCCACUCCCUCGAACCUUUUCUUUUUCCCUCCCUCUCUCCCAAUUUUAGUGACACUCAUUCAAGGACAAAUCCUCGGCACUAUGCCCCGGUCCCAAGGUCGUCAGGGAGGGCCAUCGCAACCUCGCCAAGUCUUGGGCGCGAGGGUAGCGCGGUAGCGCCCUACCAUGCGCCUGCUCGAGCGCCUGCUGCUGGGCGUCCCGCUGCUCGACCCUCCUCUUCGUCCCGCUCCGAUCAACAGAAUCAGCCCCCCGCACGUCAUGACAACAACCCAACCGAUCUUGGUAUUGCGACAUAUAUACGAGCCCGCUCUGCGGCUGUGCAGAACGGACAGCGUGGUCAGCGACUCAGCGCGAUGGCCGACCCGACGCUGAACGCGACUGUUUCCUGAGUUGAAGUGUGCGAAUACCUGCUUUUCGGCGAAGUGCUCGCCUCGACCUGCCUCGACUCGCCUGGCUCGCCCUCGCCAGUCCGCCCGCCUCGCGCGCGACCCCCACGCCCCCCACGCCCCACCACCACCUCCUCAUGCGCAAAUGCGCGGGGCUCGAACUGGCUCGAAUCGCGCUCAAACCCCUCAAGCCCCACGUUUCGAUCCGCGACUAGCUCAGCCCCCAGACGGCCGUGUGCACCCACUGCAAGGCUCGGCACUGGGAGUGCGAAAGGUCGAAGUCGACCGGACACUUUAGCACGUGCUGCUCGCAGGGCAAGAUGCGGCUACCUCCCCCUCCCCAGCCCAAUCCCGAGUAUCGAAAUCUACUUGAAGGCUCGAAUAGCGGCCAGUUGCACCGUCCAACAACAUUCGUCUGCAGUAGAGCCACAUGCUGAACUGUGCGACAACCUUCCCACGCACACAGAAGCUAAAGCGUUCCGCGAGAACGGCCGGUCGUACAACAACGCGUUGUCGUUUACUUCGCUCGCUGCCCACUGGGACCAAACUCAAGUGGGCACGCUAGGAUCCCCUGUGUUUCGCGUGUUUGUUCGCCUUUACCAUCGACUCGACGCCCUGAUCCCUGCCGUGAAUCAACGCCCAGCCUUUGCUUAAACAUGGCUGAUCGACCCGGCCGAGGCCACCGACCCUCGACUUGGACGCGACGGCGCAGACAGUCGCAUACAAAGAUCAACGUUGACCAAGUUCGAGUCCAUCCUGCGUACCGGCAAUCGCUUUGUGAGGGAGUUCGCAUCGGCCAAAGCUCGCGUAGGUUGGGAUACGGCCAAAGAGUGGAUCCUGCGCCUCUGCCUCCCGCCAGGCCGAGACCGACGCACCCACAACCUUCCUACGUCAAGCACGGAAAUGGCGAUGCUUAUCUGCGAUUCCGACACCAACACGGGAGAUUGUGGACCGCAAGACCUUAUUCUCCAGGUGCACGGCGAUCGAUGUCCCGACGGUCGGCCCAAGUACCAAAUCGUUAGCUCGCUCCAUCCGUCUGCGAUGCCUCUCCGGUACCCCCUACUCUUCCCCGCGGGGGAAGAUGGCUCUUCCACCCCAACAUUCCUCUUUGCGGGUUCCACCAAGCCGGGCCACCAAUCGCUAGAAACCGAGAGCAGAUCGACAAUGGUGUCCAAUUGCGCGAGGUACUUGCCGGUCUCGGUCUGGAUGACGAAGACGAAGAGGAGGACGAUCACUCGAUCGUGUUGGCGUCGAUCUCUCCCUGCAUCCCGUCUUCACUCAUGGGCAGCUGUAUGUGGCGUUGUCUCGAGCCAUGAGUGUUGAUCGAAUCAAGGUGCUACUGCCCUCUCGCGACCCCGCCGAUGAUGACGACGACCUACCUGCCGUCGAUCGAACGGCAGCCGCAACCACCGUGACCCCAAACCCAGUACUCCGCUCUGUUCUCAGGGCAAUGAAUGGAGAAUAG